UUUAUGGAGAGACUGUAGAGUUUUGUAAAUACAAAGACAUCAGGAUGCUUCCAGAAUCUACAAUAAAAGAUUACGAUAGCUGCGAAAAGUGUGUCUGUACAGAGAGAGGUCUUUCCUGCGCCACUUUACCAACGGCAUUCUCAGUCAGUGCUCCUGCAAAUUCUAAAUGUGUUAGUGUGAGAAUAGGAUGUGUAAACAAAUGGAGGAGGAAGUCCAACAAAAACAAGAAGUGUCCAAAAAGCUGGAUACCGCGGGAAAUUGCCAUGGUUGGAAAAUAGACGACAGUUUAUUUUCUUUUAAAUGAAAACAUUCAAAGAUUAACCUAAAUGUCUACCUGUUGCAAAACAAUAGUCUUUGAUUUUUUGUUCUACUUUAAGUACGUUAAGUCAAUUUGUCUGUAUAGAAUUAUUUUCAAAUGGAGAGAAUUAUAAAUAAAAUGAUAUCAUAUAUAGUA